UUCCGUUCGGACAGGCGACCGAGUGGUGGCAGCAGUGUGCGAGCGAGGCUGCUGGGGGUGCGUGUGUUGCGCCGAGGUACUACUUAUAAAGAGGUAGCCCGUUGUAUGCGCACGUUACACAAGUAUCACGCGCAAACCUGGACACAACUUUUUCCGCCGACAGAACAUUACGAUCAGUGAGUGGUGAAACACGGCGGUAUAGAAUAAAUACAAUUUCGUUCCGUAUACAGUAGUAUAUUCCGGUGUCGUGUUUUUAUUUUUAAACCAACGUCUUACACACAAACUUAGCCAGAAUGAAAACUAUAAUCUUGGGACUAUGCCUGUUCGGAGCUCUCUUCUGGAGUACCCAAUCCAUGCCUGUUGGUGAAGUAGCACCAGCAGUACCAGCAGUACCAUCUGAAGCCGUACCUCAAAAGCAAGUAGAAGCUAAACCAGAAACUAAUGCAGCUUCACCGGUGAGCGAUGCUAAGCCCGAAAGCGAUUCGAAACCUGUAGAUGCGGAAGUUAAGCCUACUGUCAGCGAAGUAAAGGCUGAAAGCGAACAAAAACCUUCAGGUGAACCAAAACCCGAAAGCGAUGCAAAGCCUGUUGUGGCCAGCGAGUCAAAACCAGAAAGCGACCCUAAACCCGCAGCUGUUGUAGAAUCCAAACCAGAAAAUGAUGCGGUUGCACCGGAAACAAAUAAUGAUGCUAAACCAGAAAACGCUGCAGCACCAGUCAGUGAAAAUAAACCAGCAACUGACGCCAAGGCCGAAACUGAAUUGAUCGCUCAAGCUAAGCCAGAAUCCAAACCUGCCAGUGACUUAAAGGCUGAACCAGAAGCCGCUAAGCCUAACAGCGAGGUACCUGUAGCUCUACCGCUCAACCCAACUGAAACAAAAGCAACCCAACAAUCCGUCGAGACCAACCAAGUUGAACAAGCAGCGCCUGCAGCUGCACAAGCAGAUCCAGCUGCUGCUCCCGCUGCUGAUCCCGCUCCUGCUCCCGCUGCCGCUCCAGUUGCUGCCGAAGAAGCCAAACUCUCCGAAUCUGCUCCAUCAACUGAAAACAAAGCUGCCGAAGAACCAUCCAAGCCAGCUGAGCAACAAUCAGCCAAACCAGUGGAAGAUGCUGUACCGGCAGCCAGUGAAAUAUCUGAGACCAAGGUAUCACCCGCCGUACCCGCAGUACCUGAAGUACCUGCAUCUCCAUCAGCACCUGCAGUGGCCGAUCCAGUAUCUGCACCUGAAGCUGAAAAGAACGCUGAACCCGCAAAAGCAGCAAAUUCCGCAGAACCAGCUGUUCAAUCAGAAGCUAAACCUGCCGAAGAUAUCCAAAAAUCAGGUGCUGUGGUAUCUGCAGAAAACCCAAAGCCAGUUGAAGAACAGAAACCUGCCGAAGUAGCAAAACCAGCCGAACAAUCAAAAUCUGAAGCCCCAGCUGAAGCACCGAAACCGACCGAACAAAGUGCAGCGGAAGAACCAAAAAAGCCCGAAUCUGCCAAUGACGAAAAGAAAGAACAACACUCCGUGAACAAACGGGACGCAACCAAAGAAAAGAAGCCCACUGACUCAAUUAUGAAGAAACAAAAACAAAAGAAAGCAAACUAGGUAAUCAAAAAUGACAAGACUGAAUAGCAAUAUAAACGAACCAACCACCAAAAGGACCAGAAUAACGUCCAGAACAAAUAAAUAAAAAUAUUUGUCAUACAAAUUUAAUAUUAAAAAAAUCAUGUACGUCUAUAGUGCCAUUCCAAAAAAAAAAUCAUGAACCUGUGAAGUUCAUUUCUAAUUAGACUUAAUUAAAAAAAAUUUUUAUAUAUAUAUAUAAAU